GAAGGAGGCGUCGGCAAAGCGUCUGUAGACGCGAAGCUAGCUAGCUAGCUUGCUUGCUAAAGGAGCUAUAUUUUUACCGUGGCUUGUUAUGACAGCAGUCUACAAGCUAAACGAACAAAGCAACUGUUGGCUGCCUGUAAUAUCUGUUAGGUUGCUGCUAUGAAAUGAGAAAAACAUGGGAGCCAAAGAGUCAAGGAUAGGUUUCCUCUCGUAUGACGAGGCCAUCAACAGAGUCACUGAUGUGGAGCUGCAGCGUCUGAAGGAUGCCUUCCGGAGGACCAGUGGCCUGUCCUGUUACAUGAGCCAACAGUGCUUCAUCAAGGAGGUUCUGGGAGAUGUGGUACCACCCAGGGUAGCUGAGGUGAUAUAUAGCUCAUUUGGUGGGACUUCUAAAGGCCUGCACUUUAACAACCUCAUUGUUGGCCUGGUUCUCUUGACUAGAGGACGUGAUGAGGAAAAAGCAAAAUACAUUUUCAGUUUGUUUGCCAGUGAUUCAGGCAGUCAUGCGACACGAGAGGACAUGGAGAGCAUGCUUCAGACCGUGGAUGGAGAGAUCCCACAUUCUCUCAGGAAGUGUUUCUCUGAGGGUGAGAAGGUGAACUAUGAGAAGUUUAGGAGCUGGCUCCUGCAGAACAAGGAUGCCUUCACCUUUUCGCGCUGGCUCCUGUCCAGUGGGGUGUGCGUCACCCUGACCGAUGAUAGUGACGCACCCACCUUCUACCAGACAUUGGCUGGAGUAACACACUUAGAAGAAUCGGAUAUCAUUGACCUGGAGAAGAGAUACUGGCUGCUGAAAGCUCAGUCUCGGACGGGCCGAUUUGACCUGGAAACAUUUGUCCCUUUAGUUUCUCCCCCUAUUCAUGCUUCCCUAAGUGAAGGUUUAUUUCAUGCCUUCGAUGAAAACCGGGACAAUCACAUUGAUUUUAAGGAAAUCUCGUGUGGACUGUCCGCUUGCUGUAGGGGGCCUCUGGCGGAGAGACAGAAGUUCUGUUUCAAAGUGUUUGAUGUUGACCAUGAUGGGCUUCUGUCCCGGGAGGAAAUGACAGGAAUGGUCAGGGCCCUGCUGGAAGUUUGGAAAGACAACAACACAGACCCUCUACCGGAAGCCCACAGUAAUGUUCACGCCAUAGUGGAAGACAUCCUGGAUGAACACGACACCACCAGGCAAGGCCAUUUGACCCUGGAGGACUACCAGAUAUGGAGCGUGAAGAGUGCACUCGCCAAUGAGUUCCUAAACCUGCUGUUUCAGGUGUGCCAUAUCGUCCUGGGGCUGAGGCCGGCCUCCCGUGAAGAGGAAGGGCAGAUCAUCCGGGGCUGGUUGGAGAGAGAGAGCAGACACGGCCUUCAGCUAGGGGACUACUGGUUCCUCAUUGCAGUUCCUUGGUGGCAGCAGUGGAGGGAGUAUGUCAGAUAUGACAACAAGCAUAUUGUGGUGGAGCAGCCGUCAGUGUUUGGCACAGGGAGAAGUGCUGGAGGAGGGGCACAGAACCAGGCCAGGAUGGAGCAGGGCCCAGAGGGUGAGAACAUGGCCAGCUCUCAUAGCUCCCCAGAAGAGAAGUUCUCGGACAACAUCUCCAGUGCGUCAGAAGCCUCUGAGACCACCAGCGGCAGCCUUCUCCCCCUGGGCUCAACCGCUGCAGAUAUCUGUUUCACUCGGCAGCAUGAUAUUCCAGAAACAGACAGCCAGUGCUUCCUGGGGGCUGAUGGGAAGAUGGCGGUUCUAAGGCCUGGCGCCAUCGACAACCAGCCUCUGGUCACAUCGGAGGCCUUAAAGGCUCCCACGUUGACCAUGGAGGGAGGUCUACUGAGGCGCUCCCCGUCCUUGAUUCUCGGCAGGGACUUCGAGGUAGUCCCGGAGCCUGUGUGGAGGGCUCUCUACCACUGGUAUGGAGCCAACCUGAGUCUCCCCAGGCCGGUCAUUAGAAACACCAAGACCGACUGCGCCGAACUGGAGCUGUUCCCCCGUCACCUGCUCUUCCUGAGGCAGCAGCCCCCCGCCCGCACCCCCCAGAACAACGUCUGGGUCAAUAUGGGUAACGUCCCCUCCCCUAGUGCCCCCCUGAAACGUGUGCUGGUUUACACGGGCUGUUUCAGUAGGGUGGGGACCAUCAAGGACAUCCAUGAAUACUUGGCUCAGAGACUCCGCAUCAAGGAGGAAGACAUGCGUCUAUGGCUCUAUAACAACGAGAAUUUUCUGACACUUCUCGAUGAUGAAGACCAUUCCCUAGAAGGGUUGAAGAUCCCAGAUGAACAGUACAUGGUCAUAGAAGUACGAAACAAGGACAUGAGCUGGCCUGAGGAGAUGUCCUUCAUUGCUAACAGCAACAGGAUGAACAGGCACAAUGUCCCUACUGAGAAAGGUGCGACUGGACUGAGCAACCUCGGCAACACCUGCUUCAUGAAUUCCAGUAUCCAGUGUGUGAGCAACACUAAGCCACUGACCGAUUACUUCACGUCAGGAAACCACCUGUAUGAGCUCAACAGGACUAAUCCUAUUGGGAUGCGCGGUCACAUGGCUAAGUGCUAUGGAGAUCUGGUUCAAGAGUUGUGGAGUGGAACACAGAAGAACGUGGCCCCUCUGAAACUCAGAUGGACGAUAGCAAAAUACGCCCCGCGGUUUAAUGGCUUCCAGCAGCAAGACUCCCAGGAGCUGCUGGCCUUCCUCCUGGAUGGCCUUCACGAGGACCUGAACCGCGUUCACGAGAAGCCCUACGUGGAGCUAAAAGACAGCGAUGGACGGCCAGACUGGGAGGUGGCUUCUGAGGCAUGGGAGAACCACCUGAGGAGGAACCGCUCCAUUGUGGUGGACCUGUUCCAUGGCCAGCUCAGGUCACAGGUCAAGUGUAAGACCUGCGGUCACAUCAGCGCUCGCUUCGACCCCUUCAACUUCCUGUCUCUUCCCCUGCCCAUGGACAACUCCAUGCACUUAGAGAUCAUAGUCAUUAAGCUCGAUGGGUCUUGCCCAGUGCGGUAUGGGCUUCGACUCAAUGUGGAUGAGAAGUACACAGGCCUGAAGAGACUCCUGAGCGAUCUCUGCCUCCUCAGGCCUGAGCAGAUCUUACUGGCUGAAGUCCAUGCCUCCAACAUCAAGAACUUUCCGUCAGACAACCAGAAAGUGCGCAGAGCGGUGAGCGGCUUCCUGUGCGCGUUUGAGAUCCCGGUGCCAGGUGCUCCAACGUCUGUGGCGUCCACCCCCACUGAAACAGAUGAAACUCCAGCGCUGGCCAAUGGUAAUGCCACCAUGGUACCUGAGAGUAACCCUCUGAACCUGGGUCUGAUCCCCAAGGGAAUGCCCAGCACCGUGGUGCCCUGUGGCACAGAGGGCUGCCUGUCUGACGGUCCCCCCAAUGGCCAUGCCGUUCCCCCACUGGGCAGCCCCUUCACCGGGUACAUCAUCGCCAUCCACCGGAAGAUGAUGCGGGCCGAGUUGUACUUCCUGUCCAGUCAGAAGAACCGUCCCAGCCUGUUUGGCACUCCGUUGAUCGUGCCCUGUACUGUCCACACUCGCACCCGGGACCUGUACGACGCCGUGUGGACCCAGGUGUCCCGUCUGGCCAGUCCGCUUCCCCCCCAGGAGGCCAGCAACCAUGCCCAGGACUGUGACGACAGCAUGGGCUACCAGUAUCCCUUCACACUUCGUGUGGUCCAAAAGGACGGCAACUCCUGCGCUUGGUGUCCGUGGUACAGGUUCUGCCGGGGCUGCACGGUGGAGUGUAACGACGACCUGGCCGCUGUUGGGAACGCCUUCAUGGCUGUGGACUGGGACCCCACCGCCCUGCACCUCCGCUACCAGACCUCACAGGAGAGGAUUGUGGAGGAACAUCCCAGUGUGGAACAGAGUCGGAGGGCCCAGGCUGAGCCCAUCAGUUUGGACAGCUGUCUACAGGCCUUUACCAGUGAGGAGGAGCUUGGAGAGGAUGAACUCUACUACUGCUCCAAGUGUAAAACCCACCGUCUAGCCACCAAGAAACUGGACCUGUGGAGGCUGCCUCCAAUCCUGAUAGUUCAUUUAAAGCGGUUCCAGUUUAUGAAUGGGCGGUGGAUCAAAUCCCAGAAGAUUGUGAAGUUUCCCAGGGAGCGCUUUGACCCCAGUGCUUUCCUGACCCCGAGGGAUGCAGACCAAAGCCAACAGAGUUGGAGGGAUGGGCUGGGGGAGGGGCUAAACGAGACAGAGGGAGGAGUGCCAAAGUCUGGGGCGGGAGACUCACUCUGUAAUCCCUCCCUUUCUCACAACAAUGGGAAAGACUCCUACUCCGGUAGGCUGACCAGCACUCCUCUCAGCAGAGAUGUCAGUCCCAACAGCAGCCCUCAGAGUGAGGGCCGGAGGCAGGGCCGCCGCGGGCAGGGGUUGGCCCUGGAAAGCAGGUGCCAGCUGUCCCUCAGUAAAGAGAGCCUGGACAGUGGCAGGGAGAGCCCCAUGGAGCUGGAGGCCAGCGGGGUGGGUAUGGGGAGCAGGGGAGAGGGCCUGAGCGACUCCACCUCCGGUGAGGACACGGCCAGGGACUGUGACAACACCACAUCUGUGUCGGAGCUGGAGAGCAACGGAUACACUGAGGACAGCAUAGACCUGGAGGCCUGUCAGGACCAAAGAGACAAGAUCUGCCUCGAACCCAUGUACAACCUGUAUGCCAUUUCAUGCCAUUCAGGGAUCCUAGGAGGAGGCCAUUAUGUGACAUAUGCCAAAAACCCCAAUGAAAAGUGGUACUGUUACAACGACAGUAGCUGUAAGGAGCUACGGUCAGAGGAGAUUGACACAGAUUCUGCCUAUAUCCUGUUCUACGAGCAGCAAGGAGUGGAUUAUUCUUUGUUCAGGCCCAAAACUGAUGGCAAAAAGAUGGCUGACACUACAAGCAUGGACGAGGACUUUGAGUCUGACUAUAGGAAGUACUGUGUUCUUCAGUAAUGGACUGCUUAUGUGUCUGUGGUGUCAUCGACAUGCCUGUGCUUGGAAACCAACUAAAGGUUUGAAUCUAAACACCUCAAGUUGAGGUGAGCAGAAGCAUUGAAGUCAUUCUUGGUGGUUAAAAGUCAACCAACCGUUUAUACACCUCUUCAUAGCUUUGGUUUUUUUGUUUUUGAAGUAAUGGUACUCUCAAGCUAUUUCUGUGUCAUACAAAAGCUGUGGAUUGGUUUGCUGCAGCAUCAAAACUACGAGUGUGCGUGCGAGUGUGCGUGCGAGUGUGCGUGCGAGUGUGCGUGCGAGUGUGCGUGCGAGUGUGCGUGCGAGUGUGCGUGCGAGUGUGCGUGCGAGUGUGCGUGCGAGUGUGCGUGCGAGUGUGCGAGUAGCAAUGCUAGCUGAAAUAUGCCAUUAAUGUGUACACAUUUUGAUUGGUACUCUCUGCAGUUAACAAUGUGAUUUUACGAUUGAUUUUGUGCGAUAACUGAGAAUCGCCCCCACUGAGUACUACAAAAAUGAUUGCAGUAGAAAUGUUCACUACCUCGUCAUUCUGUUUAGAACGGCAGUCAAUCCCAAUGUCACAUUUCUAAAUUGUCAUUUUAGGAAGUUCCCUCUUCAAAUGUAAAUUAUUUAAACUCCAGAACGAUAGGCCUGGAUUAUAUUUGGUGUUGCUGAACAACAUGUAUGUAUUUGAAUUGCAAUGUACAUCAUUUUUUUUUUUUUUUUUGUGUUAUCAUGUCAGGUCUGCUAAGAACAAAGCCUCACUUUCACCCAUCUGACUGAAUCUUCCAGUAGCAUUUGCCUGUGCCAUUUUUGUGUGCAGGUCUGUACCUCCGUCAUAUCAGUCUGUGCCAUCAUAACAUUGUCAUGUAUCACAGUUGUCAUUUACAGUGCCACCAAUGGGCUAUAUCAUCUUAAUCAUUGUGCCCUAUUUAACACGAUUCUUUAUGCAAGUCAUGACUCACAACUUCCAGAACAUGAAGUUGCGGAUAAUGUUGCGUCUUUGGAAAUGCCAUAAGUAUGACGUAUGAAGGCUGAGUGGUUGCACCUUAGUGUUAGGCAACGUGAAUAGGUAGCUUUUUCCUUGAGCUUCGGAAGAUGUAUUUACUGUAACUAAGUUGAUAUGUAUGUAAAACAUUUUCACAAGGCGUUGAAUUUACUCACAUGGAGAGAGAAAUCGCAAGCAGUUAGGCCUUGAGCUGUAUGUAUAUCCAUUUCAGAACUCACCUCUAAUCUCUGCUCUGUCUUUAAAGGGUUGUUGAAGUUUAUUCUUUACUUGGUGAAUCAACUGUACUUAUACCAUCUAGACAGAAACCACAUUACCUGACCUAUGAUGCUAGAAUGAUGAGCAUUCUGAUGUCUUUCAUUUUUAACAUUUUAAAACCUUAGCCAACUGUUGCUGUGUUCAUUUCCUGAAUUCUCUUUGCAAACCUUGUUACAUUGAUUAUUACUACUGAAUGUUAUUUUUCUGUAUUUAGUUGUACCCUUUUAUUUGAUUUAUUAUUAAUUUAAUGUACUUUUGUAAAUGUUGUUUAAAGUCAAUAAUUUCUUUGCACUGACCCUUGAGGAAAAAAGAACAUGUACAUAAAUACUUUUGGAAAAAGGAUGUAUUGGAUUAUAAAGAUCUGUCUUGUAUAUGGAGUGAAUUAGUUCAUCUGUAACUAUUAAAGCAGCCAAUGAAACACA